AUGCAGGCCGCCGCCGCCGCCGUCCGCCACCCUCGCCUAUUCCCGCCAUCCCGGCCCGCGCCGCGCGGCACCAGCGCGCACCCAGCACCCCUCCGCCUCCUCGCCUGCCAUCGGUCCGCGGGGAAGCGCCUCGCCUUCGAGGACCGCGAGUACACCGUCCAGGACCUCGCGGCCCCGGGGGCGUUCGACGGCGUCGACAUCGCGCUGUUCAGCGCCGGCGGGAGCGUCAGCCGUAAGUAUGGGCCCGCGGCCGUCGCUAGAGGCGCCGUCGUCGUCGACAACAGCUCCGCGUUCCGAAUGGACCCCGAGGUGCCGCUCGUCAUCCCCGAGGUCAGCCCCGAGGCCAUGGGGAACGUCCGACUCGGGCAGGGGGCGAUUGUGGCAAAUCCAAAUUGCUCGACCAUCAUCUGCCUCAUGGCUGCCACGCCGCUCCAUCGCCACGCUAAGGUCUUAAGGAUGGUUGUCAGCACAUACCAAGCAGCAAGUGGUGCUGGUGCUGCGGCAAUGGAAGAACUCAAGCUGCAGACUCAGGAGGUCUUGGAAGGGGAAGGCGCCAACACGCAAUAUUUUCAAACAGCAGGUUGCUCUGGCUUACAAAUUGAAUAUGCUUUUAAUAUAUUCUCACACAAUGCACCAGUUCUUGAGAAUGGGUAUAACGAGGAAGAAAUGAAAAUGGUGAAGGAGACCAGAAAAUUUUGGAAUGACAAGGAUGUGAAAGUAACUGCUACUUGCAUACGGGUUCCUGUGAUGCGUGCGCAUGCUGAAAGUGUCAAUCUACAGUUUGAAAAGCCACUUGAUGAGAAAACAAAUUGGUUAUGUUUAUGUUGUAGUAUAAUAUUGAGAGGAGCUCCUGGUGUUACCAUUAUUGAUGACCGUGCUUCCAAUCGCUUCCCUACGCCUCUGGAGGUAUCAGAUAAAGAUGAUGUAGCAGUGGGUAGAAUUCGUCUGGACUUGUCCCUGGAUGAUAACCGAGGGUUGGACAUAUUUGUCUGUGGUGAUCAGAUACGUAAAGGUGCCGCACUCAAUGCUGUUCAGAUUGCUGAAAUGCUCCUGAAGUGA